AAGCUUCCCUUCCCUUCCCAACCUCAGACGGCCACUGCCACUUUCCUGGUCACAUUUUAUUCCAAGAGUCGGUUCUCUUAACAGUAAUCGUUUCUAUUGUAUCGGAGUGUUUGGUUUGGCUCGUACAAUGCCUUUGUGGGAUUUGGGAUCGCUUUCUCGUCUUAAAAACUUCAGUGGCCUCUUUCAGGAUGUGUCAAGCAAGAAGCCGGAGAUUUCUGCUGUUAAUAGUGAUUCAUUUACACCCAUUGACCUUCCAUUGAUAGGACACAGGGAGGAUGAGAAUAAAAUGCAGGAAGUUCAGCUUGGUUCGCAUACUGUAAGGUCCCAUGGGAUGACAGUUGCAAGGACCCACAUGCAUGAUUGGGUGAUACUAAUGCUUCUUGGGUUGAUAGUUGUCAUCCUGAAUGUGAUUCAUCCCUUUUAUCGCUUUGUUGGAAAAGAUAUGAUGACUGAUCUUAAAUAUCCCUUGAAAAUUAACACAGUGCCUGUUUGGGCCAUUCCUAUGUAUGCAGUUGCACUGCCCAUAGCAAUUUUUUUCAUUGUCUAUUUUCGUAGGAGAGAUGUCUAUGACCUUCACCAUGCCAUACUAGGUCUCUUAUUCUCUGUUCUGAUAACUGGGGUUAUUACAGAUGCUAUAAAAGAUGCAGUUGGUCGACCCCGGCCAGACUUCUUUUGGCGCUGUUUUCCAGAUGGAAAGGAUGUGUACGAUCAAUUGGGAAAUGUUGUAUGCCAUGGUAAGAAGAGUGUCAUAAAGGAGGGGCACAAGAGUUUUCCAAGUGGCCAUACUUCGUGGUCCUUUUCUGGUCUAGGAUUUCUCUCACUGUAUUUGUCGGGAAAAAUAAAAGUAUUUGACCGCAAAGGCCAUGUCGCAAAGCUAUGCAUUGUUUUUCUUCCUCUACUUUUUGCAUCACUAGUCGGCGUUUCUCGUGUAGAUGACUACUGGCACCACUGGCAGGACGUGUUUGCUGGAGGUCUCCUAGGAUUUAUAGUUGCUACAUUUUGCUAUCUGCAGUUCUUUCCACCCCCAUAUCAUGCUCAAGGUUGGGGCCCUUAUGCUUACUUCCAGGUGUUGGAGGAGUCACGUUCGGUGACACAAGCAGCCACUAUAGUAAAUGGGUCCAAUGUGCAGGUCACAGAGGCUUGGGUUGAAAAUCAAGAAGACGAAACUAGCAUCCAUGGAUGCAUGGGGUUAUCAUUAGCACAUAAUUCUGGUUCAGCAUUGGAAGAACUGGAAUCUGGGAGGAGAUAGUUUUGCACAUGAAGGUUACUUUAAAGUUUGGAGCUCUCGGGGAUUGACUCCUGGCAGUGUACAUUUUGUAGAGCAAUGCCACGACCUAAAUUGAUAGGAACUGUACCUUCUCUUCCAAGCUUGGCAUGAGGAAUUUUUGAAGGACUCUGUUUAUAUUCAUACUUAAUAUGAUUGUUGGUAUAUAAAUUUUCUGCUAGUAUUUUAUUUAUUUUUA